UAUUCUCGUUAAGAUAACCAGGUCGUGUAGUUCAACUAAGUCAAGCUGUUAACUUUAAGUCUUAUUUCGGCCAGUACUUAGUGGACUGUUUGGUGUUGCAUUCAUUCGGUGCCAAAUGAUGAUUCAGAUCCUAUUGACAGCUUUGCUGGCUGGUUUAUGCUCCGCUGGCCCUGUUCCAAACGAAAAACUUAUAGUCGAUUCAGAUUUCUACGAUACUCGAUUCAAAAUUUACUCCAGCCAACAUGACAUUAUCAACUUGGAAUUUCCACUGAACGCCAUCAAUUUCGGCGAAGACAACGACAAUGAUGAUGAAGACUAUUCUAACUCCGAAUUCUAUCUAUUCUUCACCGAAGUUGACUUAAAUGCCAAUGGUGAUAAGGAUUAUAAAGGACUGUAUGUAUUACAUAAUGGUACAGCUCAUAAGCUACUUGAAAACGGAAGGGAUUCAACUUCUACCAAUGAGGAAACUAAAAACGUAUUCUUCGCUGCCUCAGACGGAAUUUACCGAUAUGAUGUUGCACAGAACAAAGCAGAGAAAUACGGAACUUUAGAUGAUAAUUUCAUUAAUAUAAUUCAGGAAAAUGGUACAGAUGAAACUACAUUUUACGCGAUAAACGAUAAACAUGAAAUGUACAAGAUAACCGGUGAAGGAACCAAAAAGGAAAAGGUAGCAGGAGUAGACAACGCUCAACAACUUGUAAUGGAUUUUGAGAACAACAUUUAUUUCUAUGAUCAAAACAAAGACGUUUACGUCAUCAAUGCUGAAGGAGUAACUAAAUUCGAAGGUCUUAAAAAGAACCCUAAAUACAUACAGUUGUUGAAACCAGCUUUUGUUUUUGAAGAUUCUGUGCCUCUAGUCUUAGAUGAUCAGGUAUACUUGGUAUAUGCCAAUGGAACAUCUGAACUAAGCGACUUCGUAAUCAAAAAUAAACCCUCCGGUUACGCAAUGGAAGGGACACUUAUUCAUUUUUAUGCUUAUGAGAAGAAGAUAUACGAAUAUAAUAUAUUACAGAUAAUACUGAGUGGUUUGAUUGACGAGGUUAAGGAAUAUUUUGAAGAUAAUGUGGAAACCAUGAAAGAAGUUGCUUCUCGGUCGAGGGGCACUCUACGUCAAAAGCCAAAACACGGUUAAAGACUGUAAGAAAUAAAUAGUUUGACACCAUA